AUCCAACGAAAACUACGAUUGAAACGCCGGCAAUUGUCAAAACAAACCCUUACAAAACAACUGUUUUUCAAUUUCUUUUCCAAAAUAAAAAUGGGAGACGAACAGGAAAGCGAACCAGUCAUCGGUACCGGCAACCAGGACGAAUUAAUAAUGCAACAGCAACGCCAAAUUGAACGUGAAAUUUCAGAAUCGACUGCACUAGUAGGAGAGUUAGAACCGAUAGUGUCGUUAAAUAGCGAAUACUCCAACGACAACGUCUACUUAGAGAAGAUUAAAGACUUGUCCUCCAAGUAUAAGCAUAUACGUAGGACUAGGCCGGACGGUAAUUGCUUUUUUCGUGCGUUUACCUACGCGAUGAUAGAACAAAUGUUGGAGAAUUCGAACGAGCUCGAACAGUUCAUCAAAUUAAUCGAAUGUAGCAAAAUGGGCCUUCUGCGUUUGGGGUUUCCCGAAUUCACCGUCGACGACUUUUACGAAACCUUUAUGGAUGUACUUAAGCGGGUACGGGAUAUAAAAAACGUUAACGACGCCAAAAAGGAACUGCAUACGCUUUUCAACGAGCAGGGCUAUUCGGAUUACAUGGUUGUGUAUUUACGUUUGCUAACCAGUGGACAUCUACAGAGAGAUCAAGAAUUUUACAGCUGCUUUAUUGAAGGCGGACGAACGGUGGUGGAUUUCUGCCAUCAGGAAGUCGAGCCGAUGUACAAAGAGAGUGAUCACAUUCACAUCAUGGCUGCUUGUGCUGCUUUAGAGACGGGUGUACGUGUGGUGUAUAUGGACCGUGGUAGUAGUAAAUCAAACAUUGAGCACGAUCUGCCCGAAGGUACCGCUCCUAGUGUUCAUUUACUUUACCGUCCUGGCCAUUACGAUAUAUUGUAUUUGUAAUUUAAUUGUUAUUUACUGAUCUUGUCAUGUAGUUUUCAAAUAAAACUCUUUAAAAGA